AUGUCAGCUCAAGUAGUAAAAAAGGCACAGCCCAGUCGUAAAGGCAAGAAAGCAUGGCGUAAAAAUGUAGAUAUAUCCGAUGUUACUGAAGGACAAGAAGAGCUGAGAGCUGUGGAAAGACUCAUUGGUCAUACUGGAGAAAUAAAAGAUGAGGAACUGUUUACUAUUGAUACGGCAGGCGAUUUGAACGUUAAGCGUCAACUAGCUAAAGAUAAGCCACUUCGAGUGGACGAGAUCUUGCAACAGAGAUCAGCUGUUCCUGCUGUGCAGCCAAAGAACCCAUUUAAGAAGCAAGAAAUUACAGAUAAAGUUGCUUCUAAACAUGAAUCAGACAACAUUCAAAAGAUCCUGAAACGUAAAGGAAAUCAACAAACACAAUCACAACCAAAGAAGAAAAAAGUCAAUGACAAAAAGACAUAUGACCUUUGGGGACAAGAGGAAUCAGAGCCUGUCAAUGACUUUUUACCUACUCAACAAAAACCCAAGACACCUGAGACGAUAAAACAAAAACCUGCUGCUGCUACACAUAUUCCAGCCAUUGAAACACCACACGGAGGAGCAUCAUAUAACCCUGAAGCAGAACAGCAUCAGCAAUUACUUGCAGAAGCUGUGAAAGCAGAAGAGCGUAAAGCGGAAAUUAUUGCCAAACUUCAUGAACAGCUGUCUUAUCGUGAAGAGCUGAAACUGCUAGCCAGUGAAGAUGCUCCAAUGGAACAUGAGGACGAUGAAGAUGUGCAAGACUUACCAACAGAUGAUCAAGAGACAAAGAAAAUGAAGGCUGCUAAGCGCAAGACAAGAAGAGAACGACAUAAGAAGUUCCGUUUAGCAAGUGAAGAGUUGGCAAGAAAACAAAAAUUGCAUGAAAAAGCUAUUCGUAGACAAAUUGAUCAGCUUAGAGAGAUUGAAGCCGAGAUUGAACAGAGAGCAAAUGAGUUGGAUGCUCUGUUGGAAAAGAAAGAGGAGCGCAAGGCUAGCGAAGAAAAGAAAGGAGUUAAAAAGCUUGGAAAGUAUGAAGUACCUGAGUUACCCAUUGACGUGCAGCUGACAGAUGAGCUGUGCGCAACCCUUCGACAACUAAAGCCUGAAGGAAGUAUAUUCAAAGAUAGAUUCCAUAGUCUCGUAAAGCGUAAUAUUAUCGAACCAAGAGUGCCAGUUACACCAACCAGAAGAUAUAAGCUUAAGGAAUAUGAAAAGAGAAGUUACAAGAAAUUUGAUCAAAUGGAACAAAUGAAAAAGAACCAAAAGCGUUAA